AAUUCUGCAAGUGGUUCUGAUUUACUAUCGCUGUUCUCUAGCUGGUCUAAAACCGCUUUUGACCUGAAGGGACGCUUUUUGGACGGCAUUGACAUUUCUCAGUUUCCAGGCAGAAAGAACAGUAAAAAUGCAGGCAGGGCACAGGACAAAGCACUCGGGCCAAAAUGUAUGUGAAAUGCUUUGAUACAUGAAUGUCACUUUUUGUCCUUUUCAAAUCUCUCGCCGUUCCGUCCCCCGUACGUCCCGAUGCUUGCAGGGGACAAAACCCAGAUGACAGAUGCCGGCAUCCGCCGGAUUACAUUGCUGGGGACACUGCAGGAGGGACAU